AUGACCCAAGUCUCAUCAGAAGGUCCGUUUCCAGAAAGUGUGCUCUCGCUGCUUAAGAAAGCCAGGUUUGUACACCUGGCGACGUGUAAGGAUGGGUUUCCGCACGUUUCGCUCAUGAACUAUACCUACAUCAACGCCCAUGACGCCUUCGGCGCUUCCCCACAUCCAAUUAUCGCGCUUUCCACGCACACAGGUACCCAGAAGUACGAAAAUAUCUACAGCAACCCACACGUGUCUCUGCUAGUCCAUGAUUGGGUGACGGCCAAUUCCAUCUACAAAGAGGCCAUCGAUGAGGAGGAGGAAGAGCAAGAAGAGCAAGAAGAACCCGGUUCUCAUAAUUCCAGCAGAAAUGGCAGCAUUUCCAGCACUGCGCCAUCCAAGCUUCUCCAAAUGCUCCAAGGACUAAAUCAGAACGAAUUGAGCUCGGUGAGUGCAACUUUGGCUGGAGAAGCCACCAUCUUGCUCCAGCCUAGUGAGGAAAAGGCCUACUACAAACGCAAGAUGCUGCAUGCGAACCCCGAUGCCAAGCUAUAUAUCGAUGGUGAUGAUGUCGCCAUUAUCUUGGUCUCGCUCACCAAGUCGCGUGUCGCAGACAUACAAAACAACGUGUCGGAAUACUCGUGA